UAGACAAGAAGGUAUAAAACAGUCAGUUGCACAGUGUGUGAUAUAUUGAUACUCAGUGUUCUGUGGAUUUAAAAUGUGCCAAAGCCAGCUAGGUUGAUUCCUUUGGAUGAUGGAGCAUGAAGAGCAAAGUGGGACUGUGCAAGGACAAGAUCAGGAUUAUAACAUCAUCAAAGCUUGCGAAGAUUCCUGAACAGCUGCAGUACACCCCAAUGCUUCUGAUAAUGGGAUCAAAGCACAAAAUUGUAAAUUAGCGGUCUGAAGAAAGAACAUUUAUAUCCUUUCAAUGAUGAACAUGUCCCUGCAGCAACAUAUACUGGAACUUAAUAUAAGCAACAUAGAUGGAAAUAACACAGUGCCAACAAGCAAGACUAAGUUGUCUUCAUGUGAUCAAGUGGUAAUAGCUGCGGAAGUGUUUUUGACGCUUGGUAUUCUAAGCCUCCUUGAAAACAUCCUUGUGAUUUCUGCCAUUAUCAAAAACAAGAAUUUGCAUUCCCCUAUGUAUUUCUUUGUAUGUAGCUUAGCAGUAGCAGAUAUGUUGGUUAGUGUGUCUAAUGCAUGGGAAACAAUCACAAUAAACCUUAUAAAUAAUAAACAUCUAGUUAUGGAAGAUGCCUUUGUACGUCAUAUUGAUAAUGUUUUUGAUUCCAUGAUCUGCAUAUCAGUGGUGGCUUCUAUGUGCAGUUUACUUGCCAUAGCUAUAGACCGCUAUAUCACCAUUUUCUAUGCUCUACGGUACCACAACAUCAUGACUGUAAAGAGAGCUGGAGCCAUUAUUGCUUGUAUAUGGACAUUCUGCACUGGGUGUGGGAUUAUAUUUAUUCUUUACUAUGAAUCUACAUAUGUAAUAAUAUGUCUCAUUACUAUGUUUUUCAUCAUGCUUUUCCUCAUGGUAUCAUUAUAUAUUCAUAUGUUCUUGCUGGCACGUACACAUGUCAAAAGGAUAGCUGCUUUGCCAGGCUAUAAUUCAGUCCACCAGAGGACAAGUAUGAAAGGAGCCAUCACUCUAACCAUAUUGAUAGGAAUUUUUAUUGUAUGCUGGGCUCCAUUCUUUCUCCAUCUGAUUUUGAUGAUUUCUUGUCCACAGAACCUUUACUGUGUCUGUUUCAUGUCCCAUUUUAAUAUGUAUCUCAUUUUGAUCAUGUGCAACUCUGUCAUUGAUCCUCUGAUAUAUGCCUUCCGCAGUCAGGAAAUGCGAAAGACAUUCAAGGAAAUAAUUUGUUGUUGCAAUAUGAGAAUAACUUGUGAAUUACCAAGAAAAUAUUAA